ACUUGGGUCACCGAACAUUAAUUCACUUGGAGCAACUCAAUGAUCCAGAUGCUGUUACAACCGUAUCUAAUAUUGUAAAUUGGUACUAUUUCUAUUUAUUAGAAAAUCCUUCACACCAAAGUAAAGAAUUUUGGACCAAUUUUAUUAAGCAUUUUGGAGCUUAUGCAAGAAACAAUUUACUUCCCUUUACAAGCUCUAACACUGCGAAAUAUUAUGUGGAUUUAUAUACAAAAUUGAGUAAAUUAUCAUGGGGUCCAUUCGCUCCAAGAGCAUUUAGAGUUUUCUCAAUAAUAGCCAUCAACUUUAAUACCAUUAGUGACUAUCAUUGGGAUGAUCAUGAUGAACCAAAUAGUCUGUGUGUUUUAGUCGCACUGGGGGAUUUCGAAGGAGGAGAAUUAUGUUUUUCUCAACUUCAAGUAGUUGUACAUCUUCGGCCAGGACAAGUAGUGGUAUUUGCAUCCCGUCUAUUGCUCCAUAAUUUUGAUCCUACUUAUCUUGAGGCUAGAAUUGAGAAAGCUAAUGGACCAAUAGUUUCUGAGCAGAACCUUAAUAAUGCUUAA